UCUCCCUCAAUCAUAUUCUUCAAACGCCGAAGAACCCUGUGGUUAUCUCCAUGAUCUGCUUUUCAAGUUUGAACGGACAACACCAUUUAAAAUCGUUCUAAAACCAGAAUUGAAUAAAACCCCUCGUAAUCAUGAGCCAUGACGUAACAAUCUGGUGGUUGGGUUUAUUAGCAAAACCCGGGGUUUAAAAGGCGGGCAGUUACCUGCAAUUCCACAUAGUCAUCACAUCAAAGUCAUCACCAAUCUGUGCAAGUAAAAUGGUUCAUCUCAUCCUCGCCGUAUUGGUUUGCUUAUCCACGGUCAAUGCAGGACCUUUGGCUCAAAAUAUAUCGCCCAUUCUCAACACCAACCCAGAGCAAACGCUUUUUUACCAACAGGCCCAGCUGGAAACAUCUCCAGCCAAUUUUCCUCAACCCGUAAUCAACGGUGAACCAGUGGCUCCGGUUCUCAACACGAUCCCUGCUCAAACGCGUGCUGUGGAAAAUCAUCAGCUCAUUGCAGCUCAACAACAGCUUGAACAACUUAAAGCUCAGCAACUCAUUCAGAUCCAACAGCAACAGCAAGAAAUAGAGGCUGCACGACAUUUUGGAAGACUCUGAAUAAAACUUGAUAUUACAUACAUGUAUAUCGUUUUGAGCGCACUGAGUAAGGUAAUUAGUUGUGAUAUCAAAUCAUGAAUCAUUAUGUUUGUGAGGUACUUGCAAUCAA